UCGCCGGGUAGUACUAAAUGCCUGAAUUUAACCAGAAGCCAAGGAAGAACACAACUAAGGAAAUUAAUUUAAGACCUGAACACUUUUUUUUUUUUUUGCAAAGAAGUUAAACACUCCUGGGAAAAGAUUACCAAAAAAACUGGACAGUUAGAGAAAGUCAGGAAAAGGAGUUGGAGAAGCUGGGUUGCCACUUUGAAGAGACAAGUCAAGAGAGUCGCUGUUAAUGCAACAUGAUCUGGUGGGUCUUGCCCUAAAAAUACCGCUGUGCAGGAGAGCGGCCGCUAUGUCUAUAUGCUUGAUUACCUGGUCAUAAACAAUUUCUUUUUUCUUCUUCAGACCAGAGUUUUAGGAAAUUACUGUUAGCAGGUAUGCUUCUACGAUUUUUUAUUAUUCGUUUUUCCAGUAAAAGAUACAGAUGGAUUCUUUGAUGUUCGUAAAAUGUGAGAAACAUCUUAGCUGUAGCUUAUCAUUAAUGCCUGCUUAUAGAUGUUAAUAACCUGAUUUGAUAUUUGUUUAAACUAUUGUAUGAGGCCAGUCUUAGUGUUGCUGGUUUAUAGACUGUAGAUAAAUAAUCCACUGGAGGCUCUACCAAGACAGUUCAACCAUGAGAAAAGCUGAUGUACAAAUGACCUUAAAAAAAGGGGCAGAUGAAGCAGUGGCAUCCCCAAGUCCUAUCAUCCCCCCAAAACGGUCUAAAGCAAACCCAGAUCAAGUGAUGCCGGACCCACGGGGGCUCAGUCAUCCCACUCCAACUCCCCCUAUUUUCAUUCGCAAAAUGAGGAAUGCUGCCGUGGGGACAGGAUGCGACAUCCGCCUCAAAGUGAGUGUGGCUGGAGACCCUCAGCCCUCCUUGUACUGGUACCACAAUGAUGAACUCCUCGACAUGGAGAACCAAGAGUACGGCGGGCUCUGGAUUAGGGACUGCAAACCCAGUGAUGCUGGUCUCUACACCUGCAUUGCUAAUAAUCACCUGGGAGAAACUCGGACCAGCGCUGUGCUAGCAGUCUUGGAUCUUGGUGAAGAUUCUGAAACAACAGAAGAUGAAGGUGGAGACCAGUUUGAGACCAAAGAAGACAGUGGGGAUGUUGAGGACCAGGCUGUUCAUACAAAAACAGUGAUGGAAAAAUGUGACGAGGGUAACAGCAGAGCACAUGGACAUCAGGAUCACUAUAACAGGAACCAGUCAGAGGAUUUUUCAAGAGAUUCUCCCCCCCAAGUCCUCCCACCACCAUCCCCAAGGCUGAUCAAAUCUGUCUCCACCUCUCCUAUGCCAAGUCGCUCUGGUUCAACUACUCCUAUCAGCUCACGUAAGAAAACUACUGUGCCAACUGAAUACCAAGACACAGUACCUGGAGAGUUUGAAGAGAAAGUUAAGCAACCAAAAGCUCAAGGUAGCUCCCAAGACUCCCGACCACAAACUCCACUGAGCGAGUACUCCCGCAAGGAAUUCGCCCUCAGACCUUCUCCUAAGCUUACAAGGGCAAGCUCAAAAGUUUUUGAGAAGGUCCGUGGCUUAGAGGAGCGGAGACGAAGUCUUGAUAUUCCAGAAGGUUCCACCUCAGGAAGAUCCUGGGCAGGGUUCAAUCGUGCCGGCUCUGUAGAUUCAGAUGAUGGUGGAAGCCGGUUAGGAAUUUCAAGGGAAAGUUCUCGGGAAGACCUUAGGGAAGCCCUGAAAGAAGAUGCUGCUGAGCGUAGAUCUAUGUUUAGACAGAGAGCUGCUUCUUUGGAAGAUAAACCACGCUACUCCCAAAAGGUUCAGGACAUUGAAAACAAGUUUACAGAGGAGCUUCAGCGCAUCAAGAAGCUUGUCGGGAAACCCCAUAUGAAAAAAUCCUUUUCAACUGAACAGCUCACCCUAAAGGGUAAGCAGCGCCAGCCUUUCAGGAAAAUUGAGCCUAUUCCUCCACAAGUUCUACAAAAGCUUCAAGAAAGGGAACGUGUGCAGUGGGCAAAGGAAAAGAAAGAAAAGGAACUAAGUCAGCAACCAACAGAGCAACAACAGCAAACAGUGCAAGAAAAGCCCCUUAAGACAGCAAACACUGGUACAACAACCGCAGCAGUUGGUAGUUUCAGCAAGGUUCCAGGUCCCCCAGAGUCGAUGCAGUUAUCUGACUUACCAGGACAGCGGUCAUUGAGGGAAUUAAAUAGAGUCAGCCCAGUUACAGAAAUUAUUCAGAGAUCUUCAUCUCCAGCAUUUUACCAUCAACAAAGGGAAGAGUCACCAAGUAGAAAUGUUGCGGAGAUGACAUUCCGCAAACUCGAACGAAGGCCACCAAGUCCGCUUGUACAAAGGGUAACUCGGAUGCAAGAUUCCCCACACAUCCAGGAAACAGCACUAACACCACAGAAGGAAGACACUUCAGGAAGAAAGACACCAAUAGAAUUUGUGUUAAGAAAAAUUGAGAACAGACCUGAAAGCCCUCUGGUACAGAAAAAAACUGUUGUCUCGCAAGAUACUCUCCUUCAACCUCCUCCAAAACCUCCAAGGGUUACCCCAACACAGGACAUAACGGAAUUGGAGCCGUCCAAAAUGGCCUCAAAGAUACAGGUGCCUACAAUUAUUGUUGAAGAUGAAAAAAUGGAAGAGGAUGUUCCAGGGAAGACAAGUGAGACCCAGAAGAGGAGUCCUACUGCCAAAGAGAGACAACAGCUGAAGACUAAAGGAAAGAACCGUCGGUCUCGACCCAUGUCUCCAGAGUUAGAUUCUUCCGAUGAUUCUUAUGUUUCUGCUGAAGAAGACCCAAUGGAAGCGCCAUUGUUUGAAUUUCCCCUUCACGACACUGUAGCAUCUUCUGGUGCAGAUGUGCUGCUAAAAGCUAUCAUUUCUGGAACCCCUAUUCCUGACGUUACCUGGACUAAAGACAAUGUUGCCGUCAUAGGCUUAGAACAUUACACAGUCAAAGUGGAGGGUGAACGACAUAGUCUGCUCAUCAAAUCAGCAAAAAUAAGUGAUGGUGGGAAAUACUGUGUAACGGCUGUGAAUCAGGUGGGCAAAGCCAGCAGCAGUGCCACUCUCAUAGUUAAAGCAGGCCCUAUGCAAGAACCAAAGAGAGUCCUGGGUGUGCCAAUAGAUAUCAGCAGUCCGAUUACCUCCGACGAAGAGUAUCUCAGUCCUUUGGAGGAAGCUAUGGAUUAUGGAGAGCCAGAGCCAAGGGGAGCUAUUGACACACGAUUCAGAAAACCUCCCGGAUUUCUGGUAACAAUGACUGAUCAAGCCGUCAUCGAAGGACAGGAAGUCACCAUGUUUGUUCGAAUAAGUGGACAACCCAAACCCAUGCUUUACUGGUUGAGGGACAGAGUGACUGUGAAAACAGGCCCACGUCACAUUGUACGUGAGACGGCAGAUGGCACCUUUGAAAUGACCAUCAAGUCGGCGGUGAAGUCAGACUCCGGACUCUACACUUGCAGGAUUAUUAAUGAGUAUGGGACGAAGCAAUGUGAAGCAAAAAUGGAGGUGAAAGCCCCACCCGUUGAGCCAGGCCUCGCUGUCAUCCGGCCGGUGAAAGACAUCACAGCCAAGGCUGGAGAAACGGUUCUGUUCGAGUGUCACGCCAUCGGGCCAAAGGACACCGACGUGGACUGGCUUGCAGAUGGGAAACUGAUCCAGCCGGCGUUGCUUAACUGUAAGAUGCAUUUUGAUGGAAGGAAGUGCAGGCUGCUGCUCAAUUCUGUGCACGAGGAUGACAGCGGUACAUACAUGUGCAAGCUCAGCACAGCUAAAGAGGAAGUGACAUCAUGUGGUAAACUCAAAGUUAUUCCCUCUUUGGCGCCUCUCUUCACUCGUAAGUUGGAUGUUUUGGAAGUGAUUGAGGGGCGCAAUGCUCGGUUUGACUGCAAAGUCAGUGGGACACCACCUCCUAAGGUCAUCUGGAGUCACUUUGACCAGCCACUGUUAGAAAGUGAAGAUGUUCGUAUUCUUCAGGAGAGUGGCCGUCAUUCUCUGAUAAUUUCCCAUGUGACUAGCCAGGACGAGGGUUUGUACAGUAUCACAGCCGGAAACAGUCAUGGCAAGGUGGAGGACUCUGCCGAACUUUACAUACAGGAACCGCGGCCAGCCAUUUCUUCUCAGAUGGCUAAACUGGAGAAAAUGCCAUCCAUCCCGGAAGAGCCAGAGGUGCCAGAGAAUGAGGUGGAGCGCUUCACUAUGCCUGACUUCAUAAAGCCCCUCUACGACCUGGAUGUAGUUGAGGGAAAAGAAGCCGUGCUCAAAUGCAAAGUGGCUGGUUUGCCAUAUCCAACCAUCGUCUGGUUCCACAACGGGAAAAGGAUUGAAAGCACAGAUGACAGAAAAAUGACGCAAUUUCGUGAUGUCCACAGCCUGGUCAUCCGCUCUGUGUGCCAUGCUCACGGUGGUGUCUACAAGAGUGUGAUCUCUAACAAAGUGGGAAAAGCCACAUGCUAUUCUCAUCUCUAUGUUACAGACAUCCUUCCUGACCCUCCUGAUGGCACUCCAGUGAUCGAUUCCAUCACUGGUAAAACCAUCACUUUGACUUGGAAAAAGCCAAGAAGGUUGGACCCUUCAAUUGAUCCCAGCUCCCUGAUGUACGCCAUCCAACAGCAAGCCCUGGGCUCGAUCCAGUGGAUCAUCAUAGCCUCUGGCCUAAAGGAGACCACCUACACCAUCACAACCCUCUCAAAAGGUGUGCGCUACGCUUUCAGGAUCUUGACCAUCACCUCCAAGGCUUUCAGCAAACCCUCACUCUCCACCGACCCAGCACAGCUCCUGGACCGAGGUCCCUAUCUACAAGAGGCCCCUUGGAUUACUGAUAAACCAGAAAUUGUGUAUGUGAUUGAAAACCAGUCGGUCACGAUCUCCAUCACACUCAAUCAUGUCAACGCUGCAGUUACCUGGAAGAGGAAAGGAGUGACUCUGACAAGCAGGCCAGGCCUUUACGAGAUGACAAUGCCUGAUGAUGACCAGCACACACUGAAGCUUCUGAAAGUGAAGAGUUCUGACGUCGGAGAGAUGACAUUUGUUGCCUCCAAUGAGUAUGGAAGUGACAACUGUACCUUCAAUGUGGAGAUGGCAGCUCCACCAACAUUUGAGACUAUUAUGGAAGACUUGGAUGUUUGUGCAGGGGAGAGCCCUCGCUUUGCUGUGGUAGUGGAGGGCAAACCCAUCCCUGACAUCCUCUGGUUCAAGGGGGACAUCCUGCUGUCGGAGAGCAGUCACUACACAUUUGUCUAUGAUGACAACGAAUGUUCCUUGGUGAUCCUAAAUACCCAUGCAGAGGACUCGGGGGUGUACACGUGUACUGCUCGAAACUUGGCAGGUUCCGUGUCUUGUAAAGCUGAACUCACAGUUCAUGAAGCUAAAAGUAAAGAGGAUCCAAUGGAUGACGAGGAGACUCUUCUCAGAAAAAUGCGCAGAUUGACUGACUACUACGACAUCCACAAGGAAAUUGGAAGGGGUGCAUUUUCCUAUGUGAAACGUGUGACCAAGAAGGGGAGUAUGACGGAGUAUGCUGCAAAGUUUAUCUCCACUCGGACCAAAAAGAAGAAGUCUGCUUUAAGAGAGAUGAACCUGCUUUCCAGGCUGGACCACGAGAGAGUCCUUUACUUUAAUGAUGCCUUCGAGAAGAAGAAUGCAGUCAUCAUCAUCACAGAGAUCUGCCACGAGGAGCUGCUUGACAGAUUUACCAGAAAAUCUGCUGUUUUGGAGUCCGAUGUACGUUCUUGUAUAAGACAGCUGCUUGAGGGUGUGGACUACCUCCAUAAUCUAAACAUCAUACACAUGGAUAUUAAGCCUGAUAACAUCCUCAUGGCAGACCCCCAUAGUGAUCAAAUUCGAAUCUGUGAUUUCGGCAACGCAGUGGAGUUCACGCCUGAUGAGGCUCAGUACUGCAAAUAUGGCACACCAGAAUUUGUUGCUCCAGAAAUAGUCAAUCAGACGCCUAUUUCAAAAGCAACGGACAUCUGGGCUAUUGGAGUUGUAGCGUACCUGUGUCUGACAGGAGUUUCUCCAUUUGCUGGGGAGAACGAUCGCAGCUCUGUGCUGAACAUCAGGAACUACAACGUGGCAUUUGAGGAGGGCAUGUUUGCUGACCUUUGCAGAGAGGCUAAAGGGUUCAUCAUAAAGUUGCUGGUUGUGGACAGGCUGAGACCAGAUACUCAGGAAUGUCUCAGACACCCCUGGUUCAAGACACUUAGCAAAGGGAAAUCCAUAAAUACAGAGGUCCUGAAGAAAUUUGUGUCUCGCAGAAAAUGGCAGCGUUCUAUUAUCAGCUAUAAAUCAAAAAUGAUCAUGAGAUCUAUACCCGAGUUGCUAAAUGAUUCCUCAAGCCAUAUCUCCAUCGCGGUCCAAAGAAAUCUGAAAGAGGGUUCUCCUUUGCCAUCAUCAUCUUCUGAUUCUGAUGAAGAUGUUGAUGCACUACCAUUUAUUCCCAUGCCACUUAACAUGGACUUCUCUGGAUCAAGGAAGUCAUUGAAUGACAUUCAGACCAAUGAGCAGGAAACUGGAAAGCCAAAUGGUACAAGUCAAGCCCAGAAGGCAAUGGAGUGUGACCCUAGAGAAUUGGAUAAGGAAGAGGUUAAAGUGACUGGCAAAGGUCACCAUCGGAAAAGGUCAUCACAAGACAAUGACAAUGGUUCCUCAGAUGAAGAACCGCCUGCUGCAUUGCCCCAAAAGUCUGAGUUGUCUAGAAAGCCACUUAGAAGGGGUUCAAGUAUGGAAUCGGAUAAACCAGAAGGAGUAAGACGAAGGGGGGAGUUAAGACGUGGUGGUUCAGCGGACAGUGCAUUGUUGCUCCGAAUCACACCUGAAGAAGGAACUGGAGAGGAAAACCAUGAAGAUGGACGGAGAGUUCUUAAGAAAGCUGUGUCUAUGGAAUUACCAAGAAGGAGCACCAGCCCCGGAACUGCUAAGAUGAGUCAAGAAGACUAUGCUCUGAAACUGGAGCUGAUGAGACAGCGACUGCUUCGUGGUGGCUCUGUUGACAACAAGAUGAGUGGACUGAGAGGACCUCUAUUGGAAACACUAGGAAUGGGAGAUGAAAAACGAGGAAUGCCUUCAGAUCGCUAUGGUCGCACAACUCGUCUGGGCCCACCACCACUAACUCGAGCUGCAUCCAGUGAUUUCCCAAGGGACGAAGUUUCUAAACCCAAAGUUUUACGCAAAAGUACUUCUUUUAGUCAGGGGGAUUCAGAGCCCAUACCUUUACACCGGCGGUCAGGAGCUCCUCUGGAGAUUCCAGUGACACAGGGAGGAGAACGAAGACUCAAGGAGGCUAUUUCAAUGUCAUCUCUAACAGAGCAAAUCAAGCUAGACUCCCGCCCUGUGACACCAAAACCACCAACUCCGGAGUCUAUUAUGCAAGAGAGUCCAACCAAAACAGAGAGUGAAGAAUCUUUAAUGGAGAAAGAGAUAAAACCUGAUGAAAUUAUGAAUGAAAAGAUGGAUGGGUUGACUACAGAUAGUAAUUUUGAUGAGCGAUCAAGCACAAGUGGGUUUUCAGAGAAGGACAUGAGUAUUUCAGAGGAACCAAUAAAUGAAUCAGAGUAUAUGGGUCAGAAAAGUCCAACACCUCCUCCCAUGGUCCAAAGCGUUAAAGUCAAGGAGAAUAUAGAUGAGAAAGAAAAGGUAGAAAAGGUGCAAGAAGAAAAAGAGGAGUUAAGUAAAGAAGACUAUGAAAGAGUUGAAAGUGUUGCUGAAUCAAAUGCAAAGGAAAACAUAGAAGUAACUAUAGCACAUGUAGAACAUGAAACAGGUGUCCCUGUAAAAUCUCCUGAGAUGAGUAUAACCACAAGCUCAGUUAUGGUGAAACCAACACAAGAAUAUUUCCAGUCCCCAGACAGUAUUGCCUCAACAUAUGUAACACCUUCACUUCCUGCUCGAGUCGUUUUUCCAGAUGGAAGUAUGUCUGCCUAUGCCAGUAUAAUGCAGACAAUAAUGGUCCCUUCACUUGUCAAUGAAGCAUUCACAAGCUCCUCUAGAACCAUUGCUGUUCCAACCACAACAUCGUCCCCAGUAUCAGCUGAAGCAUCUUCACCAGCCAGCAUAUCAUCUGAUUUACCCAUUUCGCCAAAGCCAGUCACAUCAACCACUGAGCACCCUGCCGUAUACGCUAGGGUAGCAUCGCCAGAAAUGAUGACAAAAGAACCAAGUCCCCCAAUUGCUUUAACACAGUCCUCAUCUCAACAAGGGCCAUUGAAAGGAACUGAGUUAGAAGAUAUGACCUCUGAAGAGGUUUUUGAAGCUCGAUUCAAAAAACGUGAGUCUUCCCUCACUAGAAGUCUGAAAUUUUUGUCACGGUCAAAAAAUGAUGACAAAGCACAAGCUGCAUCAUCAGACCCUACAGACCCACAUGAAGAGAUAUACCGACCUAGGCCAGUUGGUGCACCAUUGGAGUUCUCCCCAAGACUAAGACUUGAGGAAAAGUCCAAGUCAGUUCAGGACCUUCGUGAAGCUCAAAAGGACCAAGGCUUCAUGAAGAGGCUUUCUAUGCGCUUGAAGAGAACUCCAUCAGCAGAGCGCAAAGAUGAAAUACAGAAAGAAGACGAUUCAGCAAUUACAAAACGUAGGCUUUCUUGGACGCUUGGCAGAAGAGGGUCCCAAGAAAAGAAAGAUGCAGAGAUGGCUCGAAUAGAUGGAGGAGGCGAUAGAUUGGUGGAACAUGAUGAAAAGGAGCUGAAGAAACCUAAUGAAUCACCCGUGUUGGCAAUGCGCCGAAAGAUUGAAUCAACAGUGGCUGAGAUCUCCACAAGAAUCCGCAGCUUCUCAGAAGAAAGAAAGGCAUCAGACGACAAGGAGUCAAAAAGGACACCUAUUCUUUCAAUGCUUCGUCGUUCAACAUCAGAGAGCCGAGCUACAAAGGUUGCCAGCAUUCCUCAGAACCAGCUGGAAUCUCAGGCCAAAAAUGGUGCCUCAUCGGAGUCUCUAGACUCCAUGUCCAGCCUUAAAUCAGAAACAUCUAAGGGUCUGGAGGCUGAACGUAGAUCCCGCUGGGAUCGAUGGGGCCUGACGAGAGGGAGGCGAGAUAAGACAGUGUCACAGCCUGACAUACCAACAGCAAUCUCCAGAGACAAUAGCUCCUUACGUUCACGUUAUUCCAGACUGGCUUCUGAUUUUCAUCCAGUAUUUCAUAUCAAACUGAGAGAUCAUGUCCUGUUGGAGGGCGAUCCCGUGACACUCAGCUGUCUGCCGGCAGGAAGCCCCCAUCCACAAAUCACCUGGUUGAAAGACAAGAAACCCCUGGAGAUUGAUGCCAGGAUGAAUAUGAUCUCCUGCCCUGACGGCCGGCAGCUGCUGAUGAUCAUGCAGACCACCAAAAAGGAUGCAGGGGUCUAUGAAUGUGUUGCUACAAACCCUCUGGCUUCCGUGUCCAGUUCUUGCACAAUAUCGCUCGCUCGCCUGCCCAAUCACCCCGGCACCCCUGAGAUUCCUCAGAAGUACAACAACACAGCACUUGUGGUGUGGAGGCCCACGGACACCUUGGCCCCUUGCACAUACUCACUAGAAAGGAGAACAGAGGGUGAUACCAACUGGCUGAUCGUUGCCACUGGAGUGGCGGACUGUUAUUACAAUGUAACUGAUUUGCCAGCAGGGGGCUCCUUCAGGUUCAGGGUGGCUUGUGUCAACAAAGCUGGCCAGGGCCCCUACAGCAAACUGUCACAGGUAGUGACUUUGGAUUCCUUCGAACCAGUUAAAUCCAGUGCUGCUGCAGUGGUCAAGACUGUUCCUACCACUGCUUCUUCUCCGCCUGUAGUAAUGAUGUCAUCCAUGACAGUGCCUCCAAUUAAACCUGCUCCCACUAAAUCCACUGCAGUGACAAAUGCCCAACCUGCCCAUCCAUCAGCUUCAGCUCCCGUGGUCAAAUCUGCCUCCCCAGUAACCAUCAAGCCUGCUGUGCAGGUCAGUGCCAGCCACCGUGCUGUCACUCUGCCCGUUAGUACAACUUCAACUUCACAACCAGUGCAGACUACAACAGCUGCCCAAGCCAAAGCCAAGACUAGCAUUAGCAUCAGUAUGAGCAAACCCCAAACAAAGCUGGCAUUCCCACCUGUUGUUCCACCCAAACCUCAGAGUCCUGCAUUCACAUCCAUUACCAACAGGCUUCCUUCUCCUGCACCGUCACCUGCUCCUGUCAUGGGAAAACCUAUUUCAUCCGUGCCAAUGUACGCUCCGGCUGCGACUGCUCGUGUUACUCCCCCUUCUCAAGCCGCUCCAACGCCGAUAGCCAUUACACCCAUUACCCCACCUGUGGUGGUAGUUCAGAGCUUGACACCAGUUUUGCAGGCAGGGGACAGUCGCAGUACACCAUCCGGACGGGUCACUCCGUCUGGACGGGCCACACCCUCGGGACGCAGGACGCCACUGGGCAGACCUGGGGACGGAUCUCUGCGCCAGGGAGUUCCACAGAAACCUUAUACGUUUAUGGAUGAAAAAGCAAGGGGUCGGUUUGGUGUGAUCCGAGAGUGUCGAGAAAAUGCCACAGGCAACCUGUUCAUGGCUAAGAUCGUUCCUUACGAGGCAGAGAGCAAGCAGUCGGUGCUUCAGGAGUAUGACAUCCUAAAGUCCCUUCAUCAUGACAGGAUCAUGGCUCUUCAUGAAGCGUAUGUCACACCACGCUACUUGGUGCUCAUCUCUGAGUACUGCAGUGGGAAGGAGUUGCUCUACAGCCUUAUAGAUAGGUUCCGUUACUCAGAGGACGAUGUGGUGACUUAUAUCAUGCAGACCCUCCAGGGUCUGGACUACCUUCAUUCUCGCCGUAUCCUGCAUCUGGAUAUCAAGCCGGAAAAUAUCAUUGUCACCCAGAUGAACGUCAUCAAGAUCAUUGACUUUGGAAGUGCUCAGAGCUACAACCCCCUCUUCCUCAAGCAAUUUAGCCCUCCAAUUGGAACACUGGAGUACAUGUCGCCAGAAAUGUUGAAAGGGGAUGUCGUGGGCCCUCCAGCUGAUAUCUGGAGCGUGGGUGUGAUGACUUUCAUCAUGUUGAGUGGAAGGUCGCCUUUUAUGGCAAAUGAUCCUCAGGAGACUGAAGUCAGGAUCCACGCUGCAAAGUUUGACCUCUCUAAACUCUAUCAGAAUGUGUCCCAAAGUGCCUCUAUGUUCCUGAAAAAGAUCCUCUGUAGCUACCCUUGGGCCCGUCCAUCCAUCAAGGACUGCUUCAGUAACUCUUGGCUUCAAGAUGCAUACCUGAUGCGCCUACGCAGGCAGACCCUUACCUUUACAACUACUCGUCUCAAGGAGUUCUUGGCCGAACAGCAGCGCAGGCGAGAGGAGGUGGCCACCAAGCACAAAGUUCUACUUCGAUCCUACCAGAGCUCGACACAAACUCCCACCAGCCCUACCACACCAACUGUGCCAGCUUUCCCCUCCACGCCUAUCACCCAGUGAGAGCUGGCUUCUAAACAUCAGUAGGCAGGACUUUACAGGGGGAAACCUUUCAAACCUCCUCAGAGCCAGACAAGACUUUGGGCCAACACGAGGGGUGGUAUCAUCAGGCCUCAGUUGUCGAACUUAUGACUCAUGAAACCAGCAAUGGACAUGAUAAACAGAGACAAAAUGUUUAUUUUGUUUCGUUUUGGUUCCAAAUGACAAUCUAAAAAGAGAUGCUUUCACACAUAAGCAAACUUUAAGAAGACUUUAAGAGCCUGACCAUGUUUUAUAUUGUGUGAACUUUCUUCUUACAGUGGAGGAUGUUGUCCUGAAGUUAGUACCUCAACGUUUGUAAUUUUGCAUACAUUUUGGAUUGAUUACUUCCUUUCUUACUAUUACCUCUUAUCUGAUACAGAAGACAUAAUUACAGAGUAGUGACCUGCAAUGAAAGGCUGAAGGUUGCUGUUUUAGCACAUCAGUGUGAAUUAAAGUGCCCAGUUUAAGAGAGGUUGAAUCAGAUAAUUAUAAUAAAUCAGUGGAAUUCAAAAAUGAAGAGCACAACUUCACAACAAGAGUUAGGUAAUCCACUCAACUCAAAGUAUUUUUUUAAAACAGGUGACAGCUCCUUUGUUGGAUCAGGUUGGCAAUGCAAUGUCAUGCAGGGGCUGGCACGUGCGAGUCGCCAUAUUGUGAGGCAGCGGUCGCAGCACUCACAUAGGUUACCUACUCACGUUGCCAACAUUAUUUUUCCCACAUUUUCAAGUCAUGGUAUGGUAGCCAAAUUAGAAUAGUGACUGUCGUUCUGAAGCUAUUUUCCCUGGAAGCAGAACCAAAAAAGGAUUUAAUGUAUGACCCGUGUACAUGUGAAGCAUUAUUUAAGAAACAAGGGCUAAACAUCAGGUGAAAAUGCAAUGUUACUGUAUCCUCAAUAUGCUAAAAAGCUGGCAAUACAUGGCAAAAGAAGGCACUCCCCUAUAUCUGAACAAGAAUGUUUCAGGCUUACAAAUUUCCAGGCCAUGUACCCAACCAUUAGUGAGCUUAACUUGAACUUUUAAUUGCAAAACUGACCAGCUGCAUAGGCACUGACACCCCAGAUGAGAUACAUAAAAAUAUCAAAAAGCAUCAGGGGAGAUAAGGCUUUACAAUCACAGAUGCAUUCACCCUUUCUUGAUUUCAUAAAGUUCGAAGCUUCCAGUAAUUUUUAUCUUUUUGAUUUGGCAUCUUUGCGCAUGUUGUAGAUGAUUGUAUUUAUACAGCCCCUCUUCCUUUAAACUGCUUUAAUACAUACUUAAAGCUAUAUCAUGUAUGAAUAUACUUCGGACCACAAGAAAGCACGUGAAAGAAAGCACAUGUCAAACCCCGACUUAUACAAAGUGCUCUCAUUCAUUAGAACAGUGUUAUCGGUGGUUCUUUUGAACGUCCCGUGUGGUCAGAAGUGGUAUUGCUACAUAUAAAAGUUUUAAAUCACCAUAAGCAAGUUUAGCUGAUGGUGGUGUUUUUGUUGCCUGUGGCCUCACAAUAUGGUGGCACCGCCCCAUAAUGUAUUACGCUCUGACAUCAGUACCUAAGCUCUGUAGUUUUAUAGUCAAAUAUUUGCAGCAACCAUAGAAUUUUAUUCUAAGAUGUCUAAAUCUCCCUCUUAAUACAGCAACAUAGAAUAUUUUGAUAUUAUUCCCAGAAACACGACGUUGUCUGUGCUACCUAAGGUUCUUGUAGUGCUGUAGCACCUCUCUGGUGGUCAAGAUUGUAGCAGUUCCAGAAAGGACUUUGGUGUUGUUUUUUUUUUCAAAUUCAAAAGAUGCAUGCCUGGUUUCUCCACAAGGGCUAUUAGAGUAGAACCGUGCCAACAUAGGCAUUUCCGCCCUAUUAUUUUAAACAAGAUGAUAAUGAGUGUCUCAUUAUCUAAAGCAGAGUUUUGCCCCUUUCUUUUUUCUUUUAGUUUUGUGAUUUAGAAACUCAUCUUUGAGCUUCCAUAAACAAAUCUCUCUUUCUUCCAACAAUAUUCUGGAUAAUUUAAGUGUGUUCCUUCACUACGAAUAAGCUAAUAAACUGGUUUCCAAGUCAGCUCAAAUCCUCAGCCUGAACUUGGUGAAAUUGUUAAACCGCACAGAGACGGGUAUACACUUCUCUCAUGUUGAAAGCAAGAGCGUUGCAAGUUUUCAGUCAAUCCAGAUUAUUAUUUUUUUAGCUGGGAAGCUGAGUGACAUAAACCCACUGGUGGUACUGGGGUCUCUCUAAGUGGCCUUAAGAUGCUGUUGCCAACAAAUUAGCUGAGAGAAUGCUGAUGAAGACAUUGCUGAGUGCUUUAGUUCCUAUUUUAGCUGCCAUUUUAAACUGCCAACUGCCCUUUUGAAAGAGGGAUGUAUUAUUAUUAUUUCUUAAUUAUGGCUUUUUCUCCACUUUUUUUCAGAUAAAGUGAAGUAGCCUGACACUUUUGACAGGUUACAUAUUUGCUCAGUUAUGUGGCUUAUGACUGGUUUGGCUGUAAGAGAAUGUCAGAGAGUCAAGUCAAAAAGUCCUAUAGCGACAGGAAUCUCUUACUCACUUAACCCUUUCCUCUCAGUUUGCCAAAGUUAUCACGCUAAAUUAUUAAAAUAGAUGAUGAAAAGCACGUCUUUGCAAAGCAUAAAGAAG